CCAAUUCCCUCCGCGCUCAACCACGACGUCAAUUCAGAACGUACGUCUCAUAAUAGCUCCACCGUUCAGAACCUUCAGGCCUACCUGGGCCCUAUAGCGAGAACCUCCUGCUAACCGCGAGAUCAUGCAGUUCCUCGCCAUCUCCGCCUCCCGCUCCGUAUCCACAACAUGGGCUGGUUACCCUGGAGUCCGUCAGAGGCUUCGGGGCCCAAGAAGACUUCCGGUGGCGCAUUCGAAUCUCCCUCAAGAACGAACCGGGCGAAGUGCUACGAAGCCCGAGACGCUUUCUUCGAAUGUCUGGAUCGAAACAACAUUCUGGACAGCAUAAACACGAAGGACGGAAGAGCAGCGGCAUCGAAAGCGUGCGGGCAAUUCGAUCAGGAGUUCGAGAAGAACUGCGCACACAGCUGGGUAUGUCUCGACUCCCACACGCCAGACUUCAGCCCGGAUGGGAGCAGAUAUCAUGCGCGCCACAGCUAUCUUUGUGCCCGUGCAGUCAGCGGUUAAAAGACACUAGCGAGACUGACUUGCAUAUGACAGGUCGAGUAUUUCAAGAAGCAGAGGGUUGUCAAUUACCAAAAGGAACAGACGAUAAAGAAGAUCGAAGCAGAGGGCGGAGAGAUUGUCGCACCCCAGCUACCGGUUCCGAAAUGAGAGGACC